AUGGAUCAAUCCCUACAACAAAGCGUGAAUAUUAGCAAGAUGAACAACUCUAUGGACAAGCAUUCCGUCUUCGAAGGGGAUGGUCAUGUUUUACUGAAUUCCCCGGAAUUGAAAUUGCUGGUGCCAGCCAUCCUGGGGAUCGUUUGCGUGCUGGGCUUUGCCGGGAACAUGUUCGCCAUGGCCGUCCUGGUCAACAACGCCCUGAAGAGCAAACUCACCCUCAUCAACGGUCUCAUCCUCAACCUGGCGCUAGCCGACGGGCUGGUUCUCGCCUUUGCCGCCCCCUUCAAGGGCGCCUCAUACACCCGGGCUAGCUGGACCCUGGGCUGGUUCGUGUGCAAGACCUGCGACGGCUUCCUCAACUCCUGCAUGACGGCCAAGAGCUUCACCAUCGCCGUCAUGGCCAAGUCGUGCUACCGCUACGUCAGCAACCCCGGGAAGCAGGUGAACAUCCGACAGAAGGCCAUCCUCACCGCCCUGCUCUUCACCUGGGUGUUCGCCUGCCUGGUGUCCCUGCCCCACUGGAUGUUCACCGCCCUUCAGCGGGACGGGGACCGGCUGGCCUGCGUUCAGGACGUGCCCGAGUCCGCCCGCUACGCCAUGGCGGUGUACGUGAAGGCCUACCCCCUGGUGGCCUACUGCGGGCCCCUCAGCUUCGCCCUGCUCUGUUUCUGGCGCACGUACGGCAGGUGCCAGCGGAGGUCCAGCAAGACCCAGAACCUGCGGACGCAGAUCCGGUCGCGGCAGCUCACGGUCAUGCUCUUCAGCCUGACCGUGGCCACGGCGGUCCUGUGGCUGCCGCAGUGGGUGUGGUGGGUGUGGGUGCGGCACGCGGCCGAGAUGGGGGGUCCGCCCCCCCCGCCGCUCUUCGCGCUGUCGUCCGAGCUCCUGAUGUUCGCCAUCUCGCUCUUCAACCCGCUGCUGGUGCUGUCGCUCUCCGACGAGUUCCGCGACGGGUACUCCGGACUCUGGAGGCGCUUCACGCUCCGGAAACCCUUGCCCAAGAACAAACCCAACCCCCACACGCCCUCCGCCCCCAAAUCCCCCUGCCCCCGCCGCGAGCCGGCGGGAUUCCCCCUCCCGCACGUCACGGAGAGGGCGGAGCAGCCCAAACCGGACGAGGACCCCAAACCCGAGGACCCAGACAGCCCGGUCAACAAGGACGGGAUCGUCCUGCCGGACCUGGAGCAGUUCUGGCACGAGCGGGAGACGGGUCGGACCUCGUUGGAAAACGACCCGGUUCCCUGGGAGCACCAGAACCAGGCCGAGGUAAAGCAGCAGCUCUGA